UUAAAAAGGAUCAUAGCUAGCUGCAGUCAGAGCUACAUUAUGCCUAACGUCAUUGAGUAACAUAAAUAGCAGGCAUGAGUGAAGGGAGAACGGGAGUACUAAGAGCGCACAGAUUUCAAACAUACUUGGCUAGGUAGUGCACUCACUCCUCAGCGCUGCCUGACCAGAUGCACAACGCAGACCUCGCACAGCCUAUCCACAAAGAAGGAUUUGCAAUUUUAAAAAAAAAAAAAUUCCUGUCUUGAAUCCUUUCUAAAAAAACAAGCAGAUUUGUUUGUUCUUUCCUGUAGGAAACUUCAUCAACUGGAUUUAACAGCCAGGCAUGACACUCCCUGGCAGCACAGAUCUGAAUGAAUAAACAAAUACUCGGGCAAAGUGAGCGACAAGGAAGCAGACGGGGCUGCGUGCAUAUAGAUGGGGGAGAAAGCACGGAGUGGGGCUCAGCCCCAUCGUAUUUCAUGGAGGAGGAGGAGGACCUGGUUUUGCUAGGUCUGGACCAGCGCAGAAACUGGGAUUCAUCCUGCAGGUUCGCAGUCAAGUGUUCCUUCUCCUUCCUCAUAUGAAAACCUGCUAAGAAAUGGUUAUGAUCCUCCCCACUGCCAAACUUUCCAGACCAGAAAGAACUGACCAAAGGAUGUCCAAGUUAUGAAAAGAGCAGCUGAGCAAGAAGUUCAAGAUGUCUUUAAAUGAAGAGCUGGAGAAUGGAUAUUCAACAACCACCCAGAUGGCCACAGAUACAAGUGAAGGGAGCCCAUUCAGAAUCAGCUCCAACUCUUCCUACAAUGCCAGCUGGGACAGCACACCAGCCACCAAUUCAAUGGAAGACACAAUAGCCACUUGCACCAUUGGGACUAUCCUCUCUCUUAUGUGUGUGAUCGGAGUGACAGGCAAUGUCUACACCUUAGUGGUGAUGUGCCAUUACUUGAGAUACUCUGCUUCUAUGUAUAUUUAUAUCAUUAACCUUGCCUUGGCAGACCUGCUCUACCUUCUUACCAUUCCCUUCAUCGUUGGAACAUAUUUCUUUCAGGAGUGGUACUUUGCGGACAUUGGUUGCCGCAUCUUGUUCAGUCUGGAUUUCCUCACCAUGCAUGCUAGCAUCUUCACCUUGACAGUCAUGAGUACAGAGCGCUACUUUGCAGUGCUGAAGCCCCUGGACACAGUGAAGAGGUCAAAAAGCUAUCGGAAAGCCAUUGCCAUAGUCAUCUGGCUGGUGUCUCUGCUGCUUACUCUUCCCAUGCUCAUCAUGAUCCAGCUAGUGCAAAGGGACAACAAAAGUAUUUGUCUGCCCACAUGGAGCAAGCUGUCAUACAAAAUCUAUAUCACCAUCCUCUUCUGUACAAGCAUUGUGGGUCCAGGAGUGGUCAUUGGAUACCUUUACAUUAGACUAGCUAGGACUUAUUGGGUGUCCCAAACAGCCACUUUCAAACAGACCAAGCGGCUACCUAAUCAAAAAGUGCUCUAUUUAAUUUUCACAAUAGUGCUGGUCUUUUGGGCAUGCUUCUUGCCCUUCUGGAUAUGGCAGCUCCUUUUCCAAUAUUAUGAAUCCUUCCCAUUGUCUCCCAAAGCAAUGAGGAACAUUAACUAUCUGACAACGUGCCUGACAUACAGCAACAGCUGCAUUAACCCCUUCCUCUACACCCUGCUGACCAAAAACUACAAGGAAUAUCUAAGAAACAGGCAACGGUCCUUUAACAGCAGCAGCGGGUACUUCCAAAGAAGGAAUCGAUUUCAGAGGAUUUCUGGGAGAUCUCUUUCCACAAGCAGUCAGCAUUGCACAGAGACAUAUGUCCUUGCUCAUGCUUCUCUUGGAAACAACAGUGCCUGAAGGUAAAAUACACCUCCAAGAACUAUCACUAUUGACUUCUGUGUUGCUUUGAUUGAAAGUGUAUAUUGUAAAAGUAAAGUUUUAGUAGUCACAUAAUGCAGAUACAUUUAAUCCAGAGGUUGUGCCAUAACUGUCUGCACUCAUUUAUUUCUAGCACCAUAAAUUAAUGUUGGCAGUGCUCGCCGAACAACGUAGCUUCCUGGCCUUUUGCUUUUUUUUGUUCUUUAUUUUUUAUGGUGCAUCUCUCUCCUUGAGUAAUCAUCAGUAACAAAAGCCUGUAAUAGAGACGCUUUUCUUUUAUGACAAUAGAUGCCUUGCAACAUUCAAAAUUAAGUUAUUGAAAAUAUGUCUGUCGAUUCUUUUUUUUUUUUUAAAUAAAUAUAUAAAAUGCCAGACUAGAAGUGAUUGGUUGUACAAGAACUGAAAAGAGUAAAAUAAAGAAAAACAGCUCAUGU